CGUUGUCGUUUCUGACCCGACGCUACCCGCCAACAAUGUGGUAUGAUCGCAACAACACAGCUCGAUGGCGCCGGCUGCGCUGGUGACCUCGGCGGGCGUACUUAUCUCGCUCUACAUCCGUGAUUCUGGCUCUGUCCAUCUCUACCCACGUCCACCACAGUCAGCGAUGCGUACGACGUUGUUCAUCCUCCUAGGUGCUGUUCUGAGCAUUGAGGUCUCCUUCCACCCGAAAGACCUCCCGGAGAAGGUCGCGUCUUGUCAGGCGCUCAAUCGUGCACCAGCAAGCAGCAGGACAUUGACAUCCGUGAACUAUGUGGAGGUAAACCCGGAGGCGAAGCGCACCAUAUUGAUGGUGCACGGUUGGCCGAGCCUUUGGCACAGCUGGAAGUACCAGAUCGAGCAGUUCAAGAACGACUACCACAUCAUCGCGCCCAACCUCAGAGGCUUCGGCGCGUCAAGCCACCCCGGCGACGUGAAGACCUCCGGCAACUGGCCCGACAUCGUCGGCGACCUCGUCUGCGUGCUCGAGUCCGCCGGCGUCGACAACGCAAUCUGCAUGGGACACGACUGGGGCAGCCAGCUCUGCUUCCAAGCCGCCCGCCAGCGCCCUGACAAAUUCACCGCUGUCAUCGGCGUUGCUGUGCCCUAUCUCCCCUUCAACGCCGCGACCUUCAGCCCCACCUCCGCGCUGGUUCCGUACUUCCCCCACCUCGCGUACCAGGUAUUCCUUGGGGAGACGCCCGAGCUCGCGCGGGAGGAGCUCGACGCGGACAUUCGGCGCACUCUGAGGGCGACGCUGAGGAAUACGGUCGACCCGCCGCCGAAGGGGUACUUGCAGGAUACGAAGAGCUUCUUGGGCGCAUAUGAGGGGGUGAAGGAGAUUGGGCCUAUCCCCUUCUUCUCGCAAGAGGAAGAAGACUAUUGGGUUGGGGAGUACAGCAUCCAAGGGUUCAAGAACACCCUGCAGUUCUACACGCCCGAGAACCAGAAGGCGUCCUGGGAGUUCAUCCAUGCACAGGGGAACUACACGAUCCCCCAGCCAGUACUCAUGGUCUUCCCCGAGGCUGACCCCGUAGCUGACUGGGCGAAAGUCCUCAAGCUCCUCGGCGCCGCUGAGUUCCUGCCGAACUCAGCCGUACAGAUGAUGCCCGGAGGACAUUGGCUGCACCUCGAGCAUCCCGCGACGUUCAACCACUUCGUGCGGAAGUGGCUUGAUGCGUUGUCGGAGAAGGAAGCUGCCACAACGCCGGAGGAACCGAACGUCGCCAAAGAAGAGCCGCACGGGCGGCCGGGCGAUGAGUUGUAAAGCAUUGGAAAAUGUUCAUGUUUCGGUGGCUGUGGUA